UGCCCCACUCCCCUCCCUCCAGUGCGCAUGGCUCACUCUGCACCACCGGCGAGACGGCUUCGCUUCGCCGCUUCCACCUGGGCCGCAUGGACUUGGUCAGGCCGCCGGCCGCCCCCUGCCUUGCGCUGGCCCUCGCCCUUGACGCACCCCACAGCUCGGAUGAGAACCUCCUGGCUUUGCUCCGGGAGGCUGUGCAGAGCCAGAGUGACCGCACUGACCAGGUGCUGGCAGGGCAGGGCGUGGACGGGCACCUGCUGGGACUGCGGUUGGCGGCUAUUGCAGAUGGGCAGCGCUUGCCCGAGCUCUUCAUGGACCCGGCGUUUGCCCUGGCCACACACUGGCGCCUGCUGACCGGACAGGUAUCUUCCCCCCUCCCCCCCAGCCCUCCCUGGUGGGGGGGGGCUCUUGAUGGAGUCUUCCAGGGGGUCUCUGGGGGUGGAGGACCUCGGGUGGGGGGUACUGGGAUUGGAGGGGUCGGGGGAGGGGAACUCUGA